AUGUCCUCUGGUUACGCAAGUCGCUUGUCCGAGUACAAGGACAAGGGUGUGUGUGGUCUUCCCGAGAUUUUUGAUUCGAACCGUGCGUUGAACAACAAGAUGAAGAAACUGGUUCAAUUGAUUCGAGAGGCCAAGCGGGUCGUUGUCAUUACGGGAGCUGGAAUCAGUACGUCGGCGGGGAUUCCGGACUUUCGUGGUCCUUCCGAAUUGGAAAAUUUUGCCGAUGCCCAACCGACGAUUUGUCAUCGUGCCAUUACCAAAUUGGUUCAGGAGCAAUUGAUCCACUAUGUCAUUACUCAAAAUGUCGAUGGGUUGCAUCGUCGUUCCGGAUUGUCAAGAAAUCAUCACGCAUGUGUCCACGGAUGUGUCUUUACGGAAAAAUGUCAAACAUGCAAAGCCGAAUAUUUUCGCGAUUCCGAUGUCGGUGGCAUGAGUUUUCAACCGACGGGACGCACAUGCGAUCUUUGUGGCCAAGAUGGACAACUCUGCGAUACACUAUUGGAUUGGGAAGAUGCAUUGCCGGAACACGAUUUCGAACGCGCGACCAUCGAAUGCACCGACAGUGUCGUUUUGUGUUUGGGAACGUCGCUCCGCAUUGAACCGGUCGGGUCGUUGCCCGAAUUGGCGCAAGCCUACAUUAUAUGCAAUUUGCAAAAAACACCCAUGGAUGACGGCGCGGCGCUCGUCCUAAGAGCGCCCGUCGAUCAAGUCAUGGAUCAAUUGGUCUGUCAAUUGGGAUUCUCACACUGGAAACAGGAACCGCCACCACCCAUUGAACGAAUAUGGAAACCGCCAGUAGAAACAACAGCAGAACCAACAACAGAACCAACACAAGAACCAAUCAUCAGUAGUGGAGUGGACAAUAAUGACAAGACAGCAACAGAACCAGGAGUGGACAACAAUGACAAGACAGGAGCUGAGGCAGAAACAGCCAAAGUUGACAAGAAGACGACAGCACCAGAACCAUCCAACAACACUGGUCCAUGUACUGGUAGUAAUCCAACAACAACAAACAACGAAAACACAACAACCAUAAAGGAAGCAGAUGAACAAACACAAAACACCCCUGCCAAAACGAAGGAAUCUUUGACUGAGACAGUAUGUGGCAAGGAAAAAGAUCCAAUCACAGCAACAGCCACAAAACAACAAGAAGAACAACACCAUCAAUCCACAGAAGACACCAGUACUUGUCGUGAUUUGGUGCAUGCCCCACCAGAUCCCAUGGGAAUAAAAAUCUCCACGAGGAGUAGUAUGAGUAUGGACAACAUUCAACGAAACAACACAGGGGCAACCUAUGAAGAUUCCAUCAUUAUUCCAUCCACCAACACAACACCAGAACGGAAUGCCAACAAGACAGAAGAGAAGACACCACUACCAACGGAUGAUCCCAAAAGCAACAACAACAACAGUGGGCCGGAUCCAAAAACUGUGGUACAAAAUAAUAGUCUCGUUUCGUCAGCAUGCUCAUCAUUACCAGCAUCGAACGCGGCACCCUCCGUCACAACAACACCAGGAAAAAAUGCAAAAAAGACAGAAAAGGCUCCGCCACCGCCAGAAAAUGCCAAUGUGGUGGAUCUCAUCAAAGCAGGAGCAUAA